UGAAAUGCAUUUGUUUUCAAUCAUUAAAUUUGAAUUAAUUAUUAAACUUCUUACUUACUGUACAGUUUAGUUGCGAUUGUAGUGUUUCAGUUACUGGACAAACCUGUUGACACUAUAAUAUUGUUUUAAAAGCUAACCUUCCAUUUCUCAAUUAUGAGUGAAAUUCCCAUUAUGGUUAUGCCAUGGCACCGGCCAGACCCAUGCAAACCUUCGAAGAUGCAAACCGAGGCAGCUUUCAAGGCCACGUACUUAGACUACCUCUCUGCCUUGAGAUUGGACUCACCUCCUCUGUCAACUGCUCUUACAAGAAUCGCGUGUACCAUAGGACCGUCUAGCAACAACGUGGACAUGUUGGUAGACUUGAUGGAACAAGGUAUGUCGAUUGCGUUGGUACCACUGUCCCUUGGCGUUCGUCAAGACCACAUAAACAUGAUCACCAAUCUUCGAACAGCCAAUAUUGCUUUGAACCAGAUAAAGAAUCGAGUGGUUCCUUUAGGAAUAGCUGUACAGACUAAAGGACCAGGACUGCGGAUUGGUGGUUUAGUCAAAGACGUGCCGGUGGAGCUGCCGCUUCACCAUAAGGUGACGCUGACCACAGACAAGAUAUGGCGCACAAAAGGCACUGAACACUACAUCUACAUCGGAUUCCCAGACCUGUGUUACACUCUGAAGGCCGGAGACGUACUCCUGGUCGGUAACGGAGUGGUUAUCCUGCAGAUUGAGCUCAUAGACCAGAACGAAGCUGUGUGCAAGGUAGUGGGUGCAGGGGUUGUUCACAGCUAUAUGAGUGUAGCUGUCCCCGAUGUACCACUCAGGUUGUCCCCACUCACUGACGAGGACGAGGACGACCUAAGGCUGGUGGCGACCAUGGGGGUGGACAUUGUGGUAGCCACUCACACUCAGAAUGCCACCCACGUCAAGAACGUCAGAAGAAUUCUAGCGGAAGCAAACAACUCUGGAAACGGUGUGAAGGUAUGGGCACAGCUGGAGACUAAAGAAGCCCUGGAUAACCUUGAGUCCAUAGUCGAGGUGGCGGACGCUAUCGUGUUGUCUCGCGUCAGCCUCACUCAGGAUCUGCCCGCCGACAAGCUCUUCCUCGCACAGAAGCUAGUCCUGGGAACGUGCAAUAAGGUUGGCAUCCCUGUAUUUGUGACGUCACACUUCCUACCCUCGAUGCAAGCAGAGGUGACACCCUCGGUCUCCGAGUUGAUGGAUGUGUCCUGCACCGUCCUGGACGGCGUCGACGGUUUCAUCCUGCGGAACACCACGGCCGUCGGUAAACAUCCAGACCAUACGGUCAAGACCCUGCGCGCCGUCUGCCUGGAGGCGGAGGCGGCUGUGUGGCACAGUCAGACCUUCGAGUAUCUCAGCUCUCAUGUACCACCGCCAAUCGACCCGACCCACGCCGUAGCCAUAAGCGCUGUGGAGGCGUCACUCAAGUCUAGAUCAGCUGCUAUACUACUUGCCACGACUUCAGGCCACUCUGCUCGGUUGGUGGCCCGCUACAGACCUCGGUGUCCCAUCAUCGCUGUCAGUCGGUACGGGCAGGUGUCUCGCCAGCUGAACACCUGGAGGGCGAUCAUACCGCUGCAUUAUGUAGACCCACCGUUGCCGGACUGGACUCGUGAGGUUGACGUCCGUCUCCAGUUUGCCAUCGAGUUUGGAAAACAACAAGGGAUGAUCAAGCCGGGAGAUCCCAUCGUGUUGAUGAACGGAUGGAGGCAAGGAGCAGGAUUCACAAACACCAUCCGGAUAGUGUACGCUUCCGACUCCUUCCCUUGGGUAUACCCUCACCGCCUACCACCGGAUAUACCCUCUGACCAGUCCAUAUCCGAGAUGGAGCGCAGGCUCUCCCCGCCAACGCUUGUAGUCGGCACUUCCGCCCUGUCUAAGCCAAAAUUCGAGGUGAGCCCGAUAACGCUGUCGCAUCUAACCGCACCGAGAUCAUCAAUUCCGGGAAAGAAGUCUUUGGAGGAGAUAUACCAGAACGUCCACGCGACAGUGUCUGCAGACAUCGAGGAACACAGCUUGGAGAUCCGUGGAGUUAAGAAAGGCUUCCGCUGAGGGAGCUGAGUCACCAAAAGCCAAAGGAUCACCAACUGAAGUCGUGAAAACUGAGGAUGAAAAAGUUUCUGAAAAGAGUAACGAAAUCAGAGGUUCUGGACAAGGAGAUGAGCCCCCACCCACUGAAUCUGCACCAGCACCCGAAGAUAUAAAAGAAGAAAUCAAGGAAGAACCAGCCGAAAGCUAAAGUAGGAAUGUUUGUAGAGUGAAUCUACCGGUGUUAUAAAUUUUUGAACCUUUUAAACCUUUUGAAAUAUAUACUUCUUAUAAUGGACGGUCUGUCAACAUUAUCUGUGGUGUAAAUUUUAUGAUAAAUAUCUCGCCAAAUAAAUGAUGAUAAAUGGUUAUGUUA